AUGUCAAAUAUUGAAAUGAACACUAACGACGUCAACGAUACUGGAUCUUUGAGUGAAGGUCUCGCGUCCGGCAGGUGUCCUGUGGAUCAGCAGCGCAGGCCCGGUCGUCAUCCCGUUACUGCUGGGCAACGACAGAAGAAAUUAGGAUGGUCGAAGGAGGACAACAAACGGUUGUUUGAAUGUUACAUUAGAAUACGACAGAUUAAGAUCAAGAAGUGGCUAGAGAAUGUGGAACAAGAGGAAAUAGCUCUAAGAGUAAGAAAUGGACAUCAGGAGACUGACCAUAAUUCUACAUAUGCAUCAAACAGAAACAGAACACUUGAGACCCAGGAAGACAGCAGGGACCAAAACAAUACCCCAGCUGAAGAGGAUCCCAUUGUACCCCCUGAUCUAGAGCCACAAGAAGAGAUCAGCCCAGAGCUAAAUGCUCUUCGUGACAGGAUCCUAGAAGUGAUGCUUCUAGAAGAGAGAACAGGAUUACCAUCAUUGAGACCGUGUGAUAGAGCAAAGCUGAGAACAGAGGUUGGAAAUGUCAAUGAAGCCACCAAGAGGAUUGAAACUCACAACAUUACAGAACUGAAUUCUUUAAUGUACGCAGCGGCAUAUGUUACCACAGAAAGAAUGGGAAUGUUAAAGAAGAGGAAAGAAAGGAGGACCGAAGAACCAUUCUGGAAGAGGAGGAUUAAACAGAGUAUUGAAACAUGGAGAAAAGAUUUCAGCAAGAUCGAAGAAAUCCGAAGAGGGAACAUGAGAUUGAAACAAAGAGAAAGAGAACGAUUGACUAGAAAAUACCGCCUUGAGGAGAAUGGCACUUUGUACGUUUCAGACAUGUUGAAGCAGAAGAUUAAGGCUGGUGCAUUUAAGAUUAAGAGAUAUGAUGAGAGAUGCCAACAGUUUAAACAAAAUCAACAGUUUCAGACCAACCAGAAACUUUUCUAUGAGAGUCUGGAUGGAAAGAAUAGAGGAGGAAAAGAUCAACUUGACCCAAUUGAAGCAACUACUUUCGGGAGAAAGAUAUGGUCAGAAGAGGUCGUUCACAAUGAGCAGGCUUCUUGGCUAGAGCAAGUUGAGCAGGAGUUCAGCGCAAUAGAGGUGCAAGAAGAUAUCAACAUCACCAUGGAGGAUAUUAGAACGGGAGGCUACUGGUUUAAGAAGCUACCAGGAUUACACCCUAGAUUGCAACUACACCUGCAAGACUGUGUGCAGCAAGGAAAUGUGCCAGAGUGGAUGGUCAAAGGAAGGACAGUGCUCAUUCAGAAAGACCCAACGAAGGGCACCCAAGCUAACAACUACUGUCCUAUCGCCUGCCUACCCAUAAUGUGGAAGCUACUGACUGGAAUCAUGGGUGAGAAACUGUACCAGCACCUGGAGGGGAAUGGACUACUAGCAGAUGAGCAGAAAGGUUGCAGGAAAGGAUCGCGAGGAACGAAAGAUCAGUUGCUUGUAGACAAGGCAAUCCUAAAGAACUUCUGGAGAAGGUUGACGAACUUGUCAAUGGCUUGGAUAGACUACAAGUAA